AUGGCACAGGCUACCAUACCCGGGUCUCUUGCAAUCGAAGCAUUUGACUCGGCGAAUACGACGUGGAAAAGAUGGCUGCAACGCCUUCAAGGAGCCUUUAUGAUUUUCGGAAUCAAGGACCAGGCUAGGGUCCCGUAUUUGCUGCAUUACGUGGGGCCCACGGCAUUUGACAUGCUAAGUGAUCGACUUGAUCCGGUCGAUCCUUUCACUGGUCGAUACGACGACUUAGUGAGAUGUCUACAAGAAUAUUACGCGCCGGCGCCGCUGGAAAUCGCAGAGAAUUUUACUUUCCACCAGCGGAAACAGCAAGAGGAUGAGUCUGUACAACAAUACGUUGCCGCAUUACGGAAACUUAGCAUACAUUGUAAGUUCGGCAACUACCUUAACACUGCACUACGGAAUCAACUGGUUUUUGGACUGCGCAAUAAAAAGGCUCAGAGUCGGCUGCUAGAAAAGACGGACCUGGACUUCGAUGAGGCUGUCAGGACUGCGGUUACAAUGGAACUCUCCGACAAGAGCUCAGCGCAGAUGAAGGAAACGAGUGCGGAGGCAGCCGGCGUGGCGUAUCUCAAGGCAGGGAAGAAACCUCCAAGAAAAAAUGCAGGUGAUAAACGGCCGAAGCAGGAGGUCACGAGAUUCGAAAAUUCGAGACAGGCGAGUAAAGAAAAUAAACAGUACAAAAACACUAAUGUAAAAUGUUUUAGGUGCGGUAAAGGUCAUUUGGCAAAUAAAUGUAAUAUAGACAGGAGCGUACGUUGUCAUAGCUGUGGGAAACUGGGGCACUUACGUGUGGUCUGCUUCAAGAAUACGUCCUCCACUAACAAUUUAGAGGAAAUGCUCAGUUUGGAGCAUGCGAACUAUCGCGACAAAUUUCUGUUGUCAAUGGAGAUUGAAGGAAAAAAAGUCGAGUUCGAGUUAGACAGUGGAGCGGCGGUUACAGUAAUGAGCGGAGUCAGAAAGCCAUUAUUAGGACGCGAAUGGAUUAGGCAAUUUAAUGGGCACGUUUUUUUAGCCUGUAAUGCUCAAGUAAAUACAGUAACAGUAGACGCAAAAAGUAAGCUACAAGCAAUAUUAGAGAAGUAUCGAAAUAUUCGCUCUUCAGAAUUUGCUUCAAUUAAGGACAUACAAGUACACUUAAAGCUAAAAAAAGACGCGUCCCCGAUUUUCGUGCGAGCUCGACCAGUUCCCUUUAAAUUACAAAUGUUGGUUGAAAAGGAGCUAGACACAUUAGAACAAGCGGGUAUUAUUGAGAAAGUAGAGUCAUCUAAGUGGGCUACGCCCAUCGUGCCAAUUUUGAAAAAGGAUGGAAAAAUUCGUAUUUGCGGUGACUACAAAGCUACGCUAAAUCGGCAUUUAAUAGUUGAUGAGUACCCUUUUCCUGCAGUUGACGAGCUAUUUAUGAAACUUGCCAAUGGAAAAAAAUUUUCAAAAAUCGACUUGAAACAAGCGUACUUACAACUAGAAAUAGCACCCGAGGAUCGCGAGUUGCUAACGAUCAGUACAAGUAAGGGACUUUACAAAGUAAAUCGUAUGAUGUACGGAAUUGCGCCCGGUCCGACAAUAUGGCAACGCGAAAUAGAAAACAUUUUACAAGGAAUACCGGGCGUGGCAAUUUUCUUCGAUGAUAUUGUAAUUACGGGCAGUACAGAUACGGAGCAUUUAACACGACUUGAGGAAGUAUUAAGUAGAUUACACAAGUUCAAUGUUCGAAUAAAUUUAGAGAAAUCGAAAUUCUUUUUAGAUAAAGUUGAUUAUUGCGGUUACGUAGUCGAUAGGGUAGGCGUUCAUAAGGAUAAUCGAAAAAUCGAAGCAAUACAGAAUAUGCCACGACCUAAAGAUGUAUCAGAAAUACGGGCUUUUACAGGCAUGAUAAAUUAUUACGGUAGAUUUAUACAAAAUUUAAGUUCUAUUUUACAUCCUUUAAAUAAAUUAUUGCAAAAAGAGGUACGUUUUGUAUGGUCUAAAGAAUGCGAAACGGCAUUCAACAAGGCUAAAGCGGCGUUUACAAGUAAACAAAUGCUGGUUCAUUUUAACCCGAAAUUACCGUUGGUUUUAGCAACCGACGCGAGCUCGUACGGAGUCGGAGCCGUGUUGUCACACCGAUAUCCUGAUGGAUCUGAGAAGGUUAUUCAAUUCGCGUCACAAACAUUUUCAAAAGUACAAUCAAAAUACUCCCAAAUCGACAAGGAGGCAUUUGCAAUUAUUUUUGGUGUUAAAAAGUUUGUUCAAUUUCUAUACGGAAACAAGUUCACGUUAAUAACAGACCAUAGACCGCUUGUACAAAUUUUCUCGCCUUCUCAGAGUCUGCCUAUAUAUUCAGCGAUGCGUAUGCAACACUAUGCUAUUUUUCUACAAGGAUAUAAUUACGAAAUUGAGUACCGAAAAUCUGAGAGGCAUGCGAAUGCGGAUUGCUUAUCCAGACUUCCCGUGGACGCGCCACAAACGGUAGCGGAUACGGUAGAUGCGUAUCAAUUGGAAGUAAUCGAAACCUUACCUGUAACGGCGAGUAGAAUAGAGAUAGAAACACGAAAGGAUAAAACAAUAAGAGAAUUACUAGAAGCAUUACAGACCGGGAAAGUAAUACACAAAUCAAAGCGUUUUAAUAUCGAGCAAAACGAGUUUAGUUUACAAAACAAUGUAAUUAUGCGUAGAUCGCGUGUCUACAUUCCAAAAACGUUACAAGCUGAAGUAUUAAAAGAAUUGCAUUUAGGACACUUUGGAGUAGUAAAAAUGAAAGGGUUGGCUCGUAGCCAUUGUUGGUGGCCAGCCAUUGAUAAAGACAUAGAAAAUUUGGUUCGAAAUUGUGCAAACUGUAAUAGUCAUAAGAACAAUCCUCCAAAGGUGGAAGUACAUUUAUGGGAAGCGCCAUCAGCGCCAAUGCAACGCGUACAUGUUGAUUUUGCGGGGCCAUUUUUAGGAAAAAUGUUCUUGCUCAUGGUCGACGCUUUUUCAAAAUGGCCCGAGGUACAUAUAGUCCAAGACAUUACUGCAAAAACGACAAUUGCAAAGUGUCGAGGAAUGUUUGCAGCAUACGGAUUACCAAAAGUAAUAGUAACCGAUAACGGUAGAACUUUUGUUUCUUCGGAAUUUCAAAGAUUUUUACAAAUCAAUGGAAUUGAACAUAAACGUACUUCACCCUUUAAUCCUGCAACAAACGGUCAG